AUGCAGAUUUGCCUGAAACGCGUGUUAAGCAUCUCUCGAAAUGACGAAAGCGUCGUGGAGCGACGUGUGAGACGCGUAAAGUGCUUACCCCUGAUGUGGGGAGGUAUGGAUAAACAAGAGGCUGAAGAACAACCUAGCGGAUCCACUAAUAAUGAAGUUUAUGAUCCCCACUUGAAUCGCGUCACUUAUAAACCAGUAUCAGACUUUAAUACUUUGGCAAACCUAGUAAAAAGCGCGGCCGGAACGGGUCUGUUCGCCAUGCCGAACGCAUUCGCCUGCGUCGGGCUCUUUAUCGGGAUUGUUGGCACGGCGUUUAUGGGAUUGCUGAUAACCGGGUCCCUUCAGUUGCUCGUUAGAAUCCACCAUCUGAUGUGCACCCGUGUGAGAAAACCCGUCUUGGUAUAUGAAGAGGUGGUGGUCGCCACUUUAACCACGGGUGCGCGAGAGCCGUGGCUCUCCGCGCGCGCUGCAACACUCAUCGUCGAUGUAACGAUGUUAGCUUGCUACAUCGGGAUCGGUUCGGUUUACGUCGUAUUCAUUUCCGGUAUAGUCCAAGAAUGCAUAGACAGUGAAAAAGUCAUCGGACAGAGUUACUAUGCACUUAUGCUAUUCCCACUUCUUUUUAUAAUGAAUAUGGCGAAGAAUCUGGCGGACAUCGCGCCGAUUUCUAUUGCGGGAAACAUCUUACUUCUCGCCGCUGGAGGUAUUGGAAUCGUUUAUGCAUUGAAAGACGGGAUUGGCGAGGCAUGGACUACGAUCGGACCGAACAUAAAUUUAUAUCCAAAAUUUAUUGGCGUGGUUUUCUUUAGUAUGUGUUCACCGGGCGUGAUAUUGGCGAUAGAGCAUAGUAUGAAAAAGCCCUGGAAUUAUGUUAAAUUAUGUGGAAUAUUAAAUUGGGGCAUGAUAUUUUUGGUUUUGAUACACAUUUUCGUUGGAUCUAUUGGUUAUUUAAAGUGGGGACCCGAUGCACUCGGCAAUUUUAUCCGUAAUCAUGAGAAACUUGAUGGAGCGACGAUCGCGGCAUUGAUAAUGCAAGCGUUGGCAAUAUAUUUUACAUAUGGGCUGCAGUGUUACAUGCCCAUCACGAUUCUAAAGUACGGCUACGCUAUACCAGCCAUUGAAAGUGGUGCCUGGAAAGGAACACCAUUUCUGUGGGACUUGAUUAUUCGUUUUGGCAUCACGCUCGUUACGUGCAUUUUUGCAGCGGCGAUUCCGAAGCUCGAUCUGUUUACCGGCUUAGUCGGCGCGAUAUGCAUAUCCACUUUGGCCACAUUAAUCCCGGUCACUUUAUACAUUCUUGUACAUUAUGAGGAUUUCGGAAAGUUCAGAUGGAGACUGAUUUUGGGUGUCUCCAUGUUUUCCAUCGCUUUUAUCGCGGCGAUUUGCGCCGUCGUGACUAAUAUCACCUUAAUCGUGGAGUUUUUGAUACAUGGGUAUGCGCACGAGAAGUAUAAUUAUAAUUUAUAA